CUCGGGAGCAUAUUGAAAGAGAGGAGGCGCGCAGCGCGUGCAGUGACGCGCAUUAAGAGUAUAUAAGCCCAGCGGCUACUGAGAUGCAACUGCACAGAAUUAGAAAGCAAUCAUCGCCACUGACGCUUCUCCUUUUUAUUCCAAAUUAGAGAAUCGCCGCCAAGGAGAAAAACAAUUGGUGUUCCUGUUCCUGAAUCACAGAAAAUGAGUCUGGCAUGCCUCGUGUGCCACAGCGUAGAGAGCCCAUCCCACUCGUUUAGGAGCUAUUCGGUAUCAAGCAGCUCAGAAAACGAUGGAAGAUGCUCAGCGAUAGGGAGCUGCCUGACGAGGAAAACACUGCUUCAAGCAGCAUCAACCUCGAAAGUAACCCCACAGCCCGCAGGUGCCCCACCACGCCUUGUCCGAAGCUGUGCCGUGAGAAGGGACCUUGUCAGAGACUGGAACUUCGGCCAGGUUGAAGAACAUGAGCGUUGACCCUUUAGUCUCUCUCUCUCACCGGGUAAGAGGGUAGGAUUUCACUCUUCUCCUAGGAUUAGAUUUAGUACUGCUGCGAGAGCUUUUGAUAUACAUAUAAUCGUACUUGAUGGAUGUAGUGAUGUGAGGAUGGCUCUUGGAUGAUCUCUCAUCUUUUUAUUUUGUUGGGUAGGAUGUUUGAUGAUUGUUGGUUUAGGGAUCCCUUCCCCCAUGUGUA